GUGUGCGCGGGGAGGCGGCGGCAUGUCGGCGGCGGGCGGCGGUUCCUGCGGGCCGGGCGCCGCGGCUUGCGGCGGGAGCGCUGCCGCCUCGUCCUCGGCGGCGGCGGCGGGCGGCGGCGUGUCCAUGUUCCGCUGGCUGGAGGUGCUGGAGAAGGAGUUCGACAAGGCCUUCGUGGACGUGGACCUGCUGCUGGGCGAGAUCGACCCCGACCAGGCCGACAUCACCUACGAGGGGCGGCAGAAGAUGACCAGCCUCAGCUCCUGCUUCGCUCAGCUCUGCCACAAGGCGCAGACCGUGUCCCAGAUCAACCACAAGCUGGAGGCACAGUUGGUUGAUCUGAAAUCUGAACUGACAGAAACGCAGGCAGAGAAAGCAGUAUUGGAAAAGGAAGUGCAUGAUCAGCUUUUGCAACUCCAUGCUGUUCAACUGCAGCUGCAUGCCAAAACUGGUCAGAGUGUUGAUUCUGGGGCUAUUAAGGCCAAACUGUCUGUCCUUUCUGUGGAUGAAAUGGAGAGAGAACUUGAAGCUAACAAGAAAGAAAAAGUGAAAGAAGCUCAGCUGGAAGCUGAGGUGAAGUUGCUGAGAAAGGAAAACGAAGCUCUUCGUCGACACAUAGCUGUGCUUCAGGCCGAGGUUUAUGGAGCAAGACUGGCAGCCAAGUAUUUAGAUAAGGAACUGGCUGGAAGGGUCCAGCAGAUUCAGUUACUGGGUAGAGAUAUGAAGGGACCUGCUCAUGACAAGCUCUGGAAUCAGCUUGAAGCAGAAAUACAUCUUCACCGUCACAAAACCGUUAUUAGAGCUUGUAGAGGUCGGAAUGAUCUAAAAAGACCAAUGCAAGCACCACCAGGACAUGAUCCGGAUGCCUUAAAGAAGAGUCAAGGUGUUGGUCCAAUCAGAAAAGUUUUGCUAGUUAAAGAAGACCAUGAAGGACUAGGAAUUUCAAUCACAGGUGGGAAGGAGCAUGGUGUUCCAAUACUGAUCUCUGAAAUUCAUCUUGGACAACCUGCUGAUCGAUGUGGAGGACUGCAUGUUGGUGAUGCUAUUCUGGCAGUGAAUGGAAUUAAUCUAAGAGAUGCCAAGCAUAAAGAAGCCGUAACUAUUCUUUCCCAACAGAGAGGAGAGAUUGAAUUUGAAGUAGUGUAUGUUGCUCCAGAAGUAGAUUCGGAUGAUGAAAAUGUGGAAUAUGAGGACGAGAGUGGACACCGUUAUCGUUUGUAUCUUGAUGAAUUGGAAGAAGGUGCAAAUUCAAGUUCUAGUAGGAAGGAUGCAAAUGUGGAUGUCAAACCCUCACAAGUAUUUGAUAAGAAACCAAGUAUUGAUGCACAUGAAAAUGGAGACUUGGGGAACUCCGUUGAAGCUCCUUUAGAAGACACUGCACCCAAACUAGCCCGUUCUGCUGAAUCUUUAUCCUAAAAACAAGCGAAAAUCAGCUGGACAGAUCCUGUCCUUGGGAACAAUUGAUAAUCAAUAUUGACUGCUCCAAGUUGCAUAUACUAGUGUGUAGGUUAAAAGGAUGAUUAAAUGUCAAAGGGAACUGUAUUACUGUUGCCUGGGAAAAAGGCAGUUACCUCAGGGCUUCAUUGUGAGCAAUUCUAAAUGUGGAAAACCUGUCUUUUGCGUGACACACAAGUAGUUAUCUAACACAUGGCAUGUGAAAUGAAUUCUCUUUCAAUAAUAAGCACCAAAGCAUGGGAUUUCUAAAAAGGAUAACCUCAAUACAUUCAACUUUUAAUCUCAUUGCUAUCCCCAGAAGAGUAGAGUAAGAAGUGGCCAGCUUCAUUUUGACCCUUUGAUUUUUUAAAGGGACAACUUAUGUUCAGUUUGGUGUGAAACAAUCUUUAACGCUGGAAGGAUGGGUGGGAAUUGUACCUUUGGAUCCCUGAGUUUUUUAUUUAGGAUUUUUGAACUGCAACUUUUAAAAUAAAGCUUAUUUUGCCCCUUUUUUUUUUUCCUUUACCUCAGAAUAGCAAAACCCAGGGCUUUAGUUUGAACAACAACCAUCAAAACCCAGAUGGAACAGUGGAGUACUUGCUAAUUGUGAUCCUUCCACUAAUUGUGAUCAUUUUAUGAGUGAGAUUUUUGGCACUGUUAUUUUAAUGAAUUCAUUGCCAAUUGUUCAAUUUGAAACAGAAGUAUUUAAACAGAGCAUUACGGGCUUCUAAAAGCAAAAUGUGUUUAAAAAAUACUCACAGUUAUGUGGGUCUCUUGUUAUUUUUUUUCUGAGCAUCAUCAAUUUAGUGUUCAUUCUUGAAUGGAUAUGAUUACUGCUAACAUGGAGUGGUUUGAGUUGGUCAUAAUUAGCUUAACCUUAUUAAGUGCUGAGUGUUUUUGAUGGGUACUGAACAUUCAUUUCACAUUAAAAUAGUCUUCAAAGAAGUCAAAGUUGUGUGCACAGUACUUUACCGGAGGUACUCAGAAUCAUACAAUGUCUGGCCCUAUCUUUGUUAUAUUAUGGCAGUGGUAUUAACCUAUAAUAGUCUUACUGUUGAAACAAAAUGUUACUCUUUUUGUAAGAGCAAUGUAUCUUCAAAUGUCUUUUAACUGGUGUACAUCUAAAGGCCCACAGAAGGGCUGCAAAUGGGAACAAUGAGGAUGGUUUCUUGGCCAGUUUCUCCUACUCCAUUUGUAGAUCUUUUUAGUGAAGUGUAGCACUCUCCACAUGCAAGCUCUACCAUGUAAUCGCAUUUAUUAUUUCAGGAGGCAGUGCUGGCUUUCCUGUUCACUGCUCUGCAGGCCAUUGAAUGGUAACGUGAAAAGAUAAGAUUUCAUACACUGAGAGAGGAACUAAUGUGAAAAGAGACCAUUGCAAGUGUUACGGUGUGGGCUGUACACACAUAAGAAAAAACCUCAAAGGCCUUUAGAGUAAAAUCAGUUAAUCUUAUGUUCUAAAUUGUGAUGUGGAACACAGUUACUUGUCUCUCCUAGAAGCACUAUAUAUAUAUAUGUUUAUAGAAAAAGCCUAAAAAUGUAUAUACUUUAUUCAAAGAUUUUGCUAUUUAUAAAUCCCUUAACUUUGCUAUUUACGUGAUCCUUUUGUGUGUGUGCACGUGUGCAUGAGUUCCACUUACUCAGUGGAAUAACAUUAUUUGGUUCAUUUUUUUUAUAGUAGUCCUUGUCAAUCAACAUACUGUUGAAAGUUUUUAAAAUAGUGAAAACUGUAUGAUUUUCACCAAACAGAAACUAGUAUUUAAAAAUAGGGCUGUGUGAAGAAGAAACAGGUCCUCAGGCAUGUUUCUUUUUCGGAAGCUUCAGAAACUUGAGGACACAUUGUGUGUUAGCAGAUAAAUCCACUGCUAUAACUUUGCAUCCAGAUUUGUGUUUUUCCCACAGUUACUCAAGCAGAGUGCACUCUGAAACUGUGGCCUGGACACUCAGUGUCCUCUCUGUCAGAGAUGGUAGUUCAAAGCCAAGUAGUGAUCUUCUUGUCUUUGAAAAUCAUUGUUGUAUGAAAUCUUGCUGCAGUUUUAAGAAAUGAGGCUCAUCCAACCAGUUAGUAACUUUUUUUAAAUGGCAUUAAAUUUGCCUGUACAGUUUCCCUUUGAGGGAAAGGUGAAAUUUUUAAUUUAUUUUUUCUUUCGUGGCACACUUUGUUUUCCACUUAAUGCUUUUGAUCAGUUUUAGCCUGAAGUGGGAGAAUGUCUUUAGAGUUAUUUUCCUAACAUUCCUUGUCCACCAGUUUUUCAUGAUGCUGUGCUGUUUUCUUCUGGAAGUUGCUGGACUCUUUCUCUGCUCUUACCUUACAUAUUUUUAACCUAUACGUAAGAUCAACAGAUGGAAUAAUUGCUGAGGAGAAUGUCUCAGUAGCAGUAGAUUAAUACCAGAUCUCCACCCCUAGCCAUUCUAAGAUUCUAUGAUUCCUUCCCUGCAGUUUUUAUAAUCUUUGUUUAGAAAGCCCCUAAUGGGAGGAUUUGCUCAGACACUACAGGCUGUCUACAUGUAGUCCUUACUUCCUACCAGCCGAUUUAACAUGCUGGUUUAUUGUAGUCAUACUGAAAUGCUAAGAGAUUAAUAUCUGAAACAAGAAAAGUUUUGCAAGUUGAGAUUUCCAGAUUCGGUAGGCAAAUGUGUGUUCUCCCCUUGGUCAGUAACUGGAAGACUCAGUCCUGCUGAUUCCUGGAGGUUGAAUGAAUUAGACUUGGAAGCAUUUCUGAGGAAAGUCAGUAUUCAGACUUCAUUUUUAUUUUUUAAAGUGUAAAACACUCUACUUCUGUGUAUAUAUAUUUUUACUAAAAAAAAAAAUUCUAAAGAGAAUUUCGAAAGUUUUUUUUGGUAGAUAAUUCCUUGCCUAUUAAAAAAAAAAAGUCAGUGGGACAACUGUAUUUUAAGCUAAAGGUGGACAGUGUUUGUUGGCAUCUGGGACCAAUGUUAAAUAAAAGCAUGUAAGUUAAGAAAAGUGCUUUAUGGCAAUAAAUUUGACUCUGAUAGAAGGCUGUAUGUUGUAUUUCCUUUAUAUAAAAGUGUAUUCUUGGCAGUAAAGAGGGUUUGUAUCUGUCUCAGUAUAUGUUAAUCCACAGUUGUAUCAAACAAAAUCCAGGUAUUUAUUGUAUCUGUCCAAACAUUAUUACAUCAUGGAUGAUUCUCAUUUCUGUAGCAGACAGAACAUUUUGCAACAAAUGUAUAUGUCUCGUUAAGCCGAAUAUAAUAUAUUUUUAUUAGCCUGUAAAUAAAUAUACUCUUCUGCA